AUGCUAAGUGGGGUCUUGAGACGUCACCUUUUUUCUUCUUGCUUGGCUCAAGGUCUGUGCCCUAUUCGGGUAGAUCCUGACAUUCCUGGCGCUGGCUGGCCAGCCUCUGCACUCGCCAGUGGCCGCUUGCCUCCAAUUGUUAUGCAGAUUGGUCAACAGGACUGCUUGACUGAGGCAACCGCUGCAGCUUGUCUCGAUGCGAUGCGCUCCCUCGCUGAAGGCUUCGUCAGCCUCAGUUUUGGGACGAUCUCGGGAGUCGGUAUGUGCACUUUAAUUUCUUAUUCUUGGAUGCUCGUCUAUACUCAUCUUCUUCCAUAG